UGAGUAGUUCAAAGAUAUUUGAAUCGUUCAAAAAUAUGGUACCACAGCAAACAGCUGUCAUACGCAAUGGUGAACGCAAAGAGGUACCGGCAAACCAACUGGCCAUCGGUGAUCUGGUCUAUUGUAAAUCAGGCGAUCGUAUACCGGCAGACAUACGUAUUAUCAAAUGCGAGGCCAUGAAAGUGGACAACUCAUCACUAACUGGUGAAUCGGAUCCAUUGUUGCGGUCGCCCGAAGUCGGCCAUCCGAAUGCAUUGGAGUCGAAAAAUUUGGCAUUUUUUUCGACCAACUGUGUCGAUGGUAGCGGCUAUGGCGUAGUCAUAUCUAUYGGUGACAAUACCGUAAUGGGUAAGAUAGCUAAACURGUUACUGGKAUCGGYCGGGAAAAGACACCGAUAGCCAUCGAAAUCAGUAGRUUYACGAAAAUCAUAACCACUAUUGCCAUCGGAAACGGUGUCCUAUUGUUGGUCAUAUGUCUGGCAUUUCGUAUGCGUUUUAUUGAUUCAUUGCUAUUAAUGAUUGGCAUAAUUGUCGGUAAUAUACCCGAAGGACUAUUACCGGCAUUGACUGUAGCCCUGACCCUAACAGCCAAACGUAUGGCCGGACGUAACUGUUUAGUCAAAUAUCUGGAAGCUGUCGAAACUCUAGGGUCGACAUCAACRAUAUGUUCGGAUAAAACGGGAACACUUACACAAAAUCGUAUGACUGUCGAGCACUGUUAUGUCGGCCAGCAAAUCAUACGUGUAUCRCAUGUCAGGGAUGAAGUUGAUCAGGAAAUGUCCGACAUUCAGGACACAUGGCUGGCGUAUAGYCGAUGCGCACAGUUAUGUUCGCGAUCAGAGUUUACCGACGAUAACCCAGAUAUUAUGAAACGUGUUGUGGCCGGCGAUGCAUCSGARACGGCUAUUUUGAAAUUUAUGGAAUCAGUCGGYMGKCAGCCGGUUAUGGAGUAUCGGAAACAGUGGCCAAAAAUGGCCGAACGUCCGUUUUCGUCGACWACGAAAUAYCAGUUUUCCAUUCACCGUAACCCACGRCCCGAUCCGGGCGUAAACAAUCAUUUUGUAUUGUGUAUGAAAGGUGCACCCGAACGUAUCAUUAAACUAUGCUCGUCGAUAGCACUGGCCAAUGGCCARACRGUACCGAUAACAUCGGGCGAUUAUGUCGACCGAUUUGAGACCGCCUAYCGUGAAUUGGGAUCAAUGGGCGAACGUGUACUGGCUUUUUGCGACCACGAGUUCACYCAGUUUCUGCCCGACCAUCAGUUUGAUUUGGACAACAAUGCCGAUGAGAUCCAAUUGGAUGGUUUCCGGUUUCUGGGACUGGUAGCCCUUAUCGAUCCGCCCAGACCUACCGUUCCCGAUGCUGUCGGCAAAUGUCGUACGGCUGGCAUCAAAGUUAUUAUGGUUACCGGCGAUCAUCCGAUCACCGCUCAGGCCAUUGCCAAAGCUGUCGGUAUAUUCACCGAAUCUCAUCGACGAUCGACCAAAAUUAGCGAACCGACCAUCGAUCCGGUUGGCCGGGGAAAUACAGCAUCGAUUGUAGUACCGGGCGAUGAACUUAGUCAGCUCACCGAUCGACAGUUACAACAAAUAUUGAACGACUAUCGGGAGAUAGUGUUUGCCCGGACAUCACCCCAACAAAAGCUCCGGAUUGUCGAAAAUUGUCAAUCGUUAGGACAAAUAGUUGCCGUCACUGGCGAUGGUGUCAACGAUUCGCCGGCACUCAAGAAAGCUAAUAUCGGUGUGGCUAUGGGUAUAACAGGAUCGGAUGUAUCGAAACAAGCUGCAGAUAUGAUACUAUUGGACGACAAUUUUGCGACAAUAGUAACGGCCGUAGAGGAGGGUCGGCGUAUAUUUGAUAAUAUGAAAAAAACCAUCGGCUAUAUACUGGCCGGUUCGGUSACUACACUCUAYCCGUUCAUGAUAUUCGUUAUAUUCGGCUUUCCCAUAGCUAUCGGUACCAUAACUGUACUGUUGAUAGCCUUGGGUACCGAUAUGCUGCCGGCCAUAUCGUUGGCCUACGAAAAAGCUGAAUCCGAUAUUAUGAAACUGKCGCCCCGUAACCCGCGUACCGAUGUUCUGGUCACUCGUAGUCUACUGUUGCGRUCGUACUUUCAAAUCGGUGUCAUUAUGUCWUCGGCCGGUUUUUCGGCUAUUUUACAGCACUCAUACAUUACGGUUGGAAACCAUGGGAUUUGUUUCAAUUGMGGGCCCAAUGGGAUAGCGAUAUACUGAUGAACGACUCGUAUGGCAAUCCAUGGACUCAAGAGGAACGGUCGAAAAUUUUGAUUAUAGCCCAAAGUUCAUACUU